UCAUAUAGUAGCUACUGGAUGUAUGUGCCUGAUACUUUCACUUACAUUUCUGAUACCACUCACUACCAUAUAUUAAAAUACAGAAAAUGUUCUUGGUCAAAACUGAUGGCUGUUUUUUCUGGAUGGUAUUGUGUUAUACCUCUGUUGCUUCAAUGGGUAACAAACAUUGCCAUGACUCCUGUAACACAUCCACCGUCCAGGCUCCACUGGGCUCUGCGGUGCUCUUGUCAUGCAGCUUUGGGUCUACCUCUCUGGGCAUCAGCCCUGGCCAUGGAUGGGUGGUGUGGAACCAGAUCUCUGGUUCUGGUGCCAGCCUGGUCAACAUCACAUCCUCUGGGAAGGUGGACUUUCUGGACCCUAGACAGGGCAGAGUGAAGGCUUUCCUCAAUCAGGGAGGUCUGGGGAACUUCUCCAUCAGCAUCGAUGCCCUUCAGGCCUCAGACCUGGGUUCCUACUGCUGUGAGCUACAGAGUCAUGACCAGUGCCAUCGAGUGGAAGUUGAGGAACUUGAUCAAGACAGUACAGAUCUGCAAGUGUUGUUUUUCAGCGUCGGUGGUGUGGCCGUCCUCAUAGUGCUCCUGAGUGGCUGUUUCUGCUGGGUGAAAUGGACACGAUCCAGUACACCUCCUGAGGACGUUGCAUGUAGUGACGAUGUUGGGAGAGACGUGGCACAGAAGAGAGGUAAAAAACGGGCCGGCAAUGAGCGACCUAUCUAUGAAAACAAUGAGCACGAUCCAACCAGAAUGCAGCAUGAACCGACCAGAAUUCAGCAAAAUCCAACCAGAAUUCAGCAGGAUCCAACCACAAUUCAGUAUGAUCCAACCGGAAUUCAGCAUGAACCACCAAUAAACCAGCACGAACCAGCUAGAUACCAAAAUAAACCAGUGAGAGAUUUGAGUGAGAAAAGAAGAGGGUUUCAUAGAGAACUCAUGAGCAGAUUGCGCCAAUCAAGUCUCGGACGGCAUUACUAUGCAAACCAAGCAGAGAUCAAUGAGCAAGCCAGAGCUCAGAUCGACAUCCACCAAAGAGCAAACGAGGCAGAGACCAACCAGGAGGGAAGAUUCCAAAUGGACAACCGCCAAAGAGGAAGCUUUUGGAGAAAGAAACCCAAAGAGAGUACGUUUUUGUCCCCUCACAACAUACUGUAUAAUCAUAAUCCUUAUAACUUAUCUUACAUUGAGACUACUCCCUCUCUCUCGCGCUCUCUCCCAGAAUGUGAAUAUAAAAAUCCUAUCUACAACAAGAGUACAGACCAAAUCAACAAAUGAUGGGGAUGACGAGGAUACUGGGUCUCAACACCUUGGUCUCAUUUAUUUUUUUUUUUUUAUAAAGUACAUGACAUUGUCUUGAAAAUGAAACAAAUAUGAAAUAAAGUGAAAUAAUUUUUGCUUCAA